AUGUCUGUAGCUGCCGCCCUUGGCGAUCGCUCACGCCGGCCCGAUGUUUUGGAUCCGCGAUAUUUGAUUCGCCCCCCUACUCUGUCUACUCUGCUUGUAAAGGGACUAAGCACUAAAGCAGAAUGGAUCAACUUCAAAAUCUCAAAAUCUCGGAUUCGAGUAAAGGAGGAAGCAGCCCGUCCCCUGGACAUCGGCAAUGCUCUCUCCAACGGCUCGGGAUCCUUUCAAGACAUGUCGAAGUCGCCUAUGCCACUCAGACGCCAGCGCGAGCGUGCGGACGUCCUCUCCACUGCCCCAGCCGGCGAACACGCGAGAAAAUCGGACGCGUUCAAGUCCUCCAAGUCGAUGUUUCUUAUCCAAGCCGUUAAGCCUAUCUUCGCCGCCGGCAUCUAA